GAUCGAGCGGGCGGCAGUGUGUGUCUUGGGGCGCGCUCCGCACAACCUCCGUCGCGUCGACCUCCGUCUACCGUCGAGUCGCGUGCCGCCGAAGCCUUUCUCGCAGCGGGCAGGACAUGCCCCACGGCCUGUGACUCGCGCUGCCGCUGACAGUCCUGACAUGAGUCUGCCCAGGACGCUGCUCUUCAGGGACCGUGGCUGCCGGCGCGGCCGCAGGACCAACCACCUGUCCCUCUUCUACCUUUUCAUCCUUGUCGCACAAGUGUUGACUGAAGAGGCCCGCCAGCCGCGCUUUGCAGAGCCGAUCCCGAAUGUGACGGUGGCGCUGGGGAGGGAUGCAUCGCUGCCCUGCGUCGUCGAGCACCUCGGCACCUACAAGGUGGCUUGGAUUCACAUAGACCGACAAAUGAUUUUGACCAUACACAGACACGUAAUCGCGAGACUGCCGCGGUUUAGUGUGUCAUUCGACAACCAAAAAACGUGGCUACUUCACGUUUCUGGGGUGCAGCAGGAGGACAGGGGCUACUACAUGUGCCAGGUCAACACCAAUCCCAUGAUCAGCCAGGUUGGCUACCUUCAAGUUGUCGUUCCGCCCAACAUCCUGGACGAGGAGAGCACGCAAUCUGCAGUCGCCGUUAGAGAGAACCAAAAUAUUACUCUGACGUGUAAGGCUGAUGGCUUUCCGUCGCCCAAAAUCAUGUGGAGGAGAGAAGACGGACAAGGAAUAACAAUUGACCGGCGCAAGAAAGCGUCAGCUGUUUCAGUAAACGUGUACGAUGGCGAGCAGCUGAACCUGACGCGCAUCAGCCGGACUGAAAUGGGCGCCUACCUGUGCAUAGCCACCAACGGCGUGCCACCGUCGGUCAGCAAGAGAAUCAUCGUCGACGUCGAAUUUUUGCCGAUGAUCUGGGUACCGAACCAAUUGGUUGGAGCGCCGGCAGGCACGGACGUGACCAUCGAAUGCCACACAGAAGCGUUUCCGCGGGCCAUCAGCUACUGGGUGUAUGACACGGCGAUGCUGCUCUCGACCAAAAAGUACAUCACGUCGUUCACGGAAAACAGCUACCGCACACACAUGAAGCUGACCAUCCGGAAUCUCAGAGAAAAGGACUUUGGCAAUUACAAGUGCAUCGCGAAAAACUCGCUGGGAGAGACGGAAGGCUCCAUCAGACUAUACGAAAUUCCAAUGCCAUCGGUUCCACCGAAAGCGACAGAGAUUCGCAGUGGAGCAAGCAAAGAUGAGCGUGUGGUCGCCAGAAACUCGACUCGGCCCUCAGAAACCACUCCUCUCGGUGGCGAACAGACGUCCGGCUCCAAGAGGGGGGCUAGUUUCUCCUCGUCAGAGGUGUCUGCGGUGACCCCCAAACCCAGACCUGCACCUCCAUCCGUUGCUGAUUCGCAUGGCGAUCAAGGCUCCAGCAGCAUGUCCGUCUGGUGUGGACAACCGCAAAUAGUGCUCGCCAGCGCCACCGCCGUGCUCAUACGAGGCAUCUGGCCCAUUCGUUUACCUGCUAAUUAAAAGCGAGCGAGCGAGCGAGCGACGAGCGUGUCUCAUAUUAACUGAAACUAUAUCUUGCUCACGCCACGACGGACGAGAGGCAGCUAGCGGCCGCUUCCCAUCGUGUCAAUUGCACCCCCAACUCACGCAACAAGAGACUUUCCGACGCGGAGAAGUGUGAAAUAUCAUUGGUGAUGCGACGAACUGAUGCUGAUUUUAAGUGCCAAAAAUUAUUGCCCAGUGACAGAGAGAAUGAGGAAAGAGACGCUCCUUGCAGUGGGCGAACCUUUAGUUGAGAAUGGACAAGUGACAACAAUCUCCUGCCGUUAUCUAUGCGCAGUGAUUCAGAUCGGUGUCCCAGCAGAAAUCGGAAAAUUGUAAGAUAAUUAUAUUAGCCCGCCCCUGGAUCUUCCGGACCAAAAUGAAUCCGCUCUCGUCGGAGAAAGUGUUUCGGGCACUGCCAUUUAAGUUGAAAUGAGGCUUUGUUCUGUGUGUGUGAGAGAGAGAGAGAGCGAGGAUGUUAAAUUGAUUUCGUUUUCUUCAACUUCUCUGCGUUCAAAAUAUCUGCACCGUCCCGAAAACAAAACAAAAAUACACAAGUGUUUCUCCUGAUUUUAUUUUCUCCAUGUAAAUCGUUUUUUAGCAUCCAGAGCAAAAUUUUCAAGAAAAUAUGCUUGAAAUAAUUUAAAAACUCAAUAUUUAACACGUUUGGUGCUCCAGGAAAAUAUUGCGGGUAAAUCGCGGUGUGUAUAUUUUUCGAAAUGCGUUGUGAAUCUAACAGCUAUUGUGUUUUUCACCUUUAUUAAUCAACUGUUAAAAUUUAAUUUUUGGUCAGAAUGUGAAUAAAAAAGUGGGCAAAUAGAGUGUUGCAAUGUGUACGGUGAGCGUUUGUGUCAAGCGGCGGCAGUGUCCAUUUAUUGAUUGAAAGAGAUGAAUACAAUCGACCCCUCUAAACUGCACUCUUCUAAUAUCAUCAAAGAAAGAAAGGAAUUAAUUAUCGCAAGAGCUUUUAUAUGCAUUUCAGUUGAAUCGGACUCAUACAACAGUUAUGUAGUUGACGUGCACAAAGUCACACAACAACACACUCACGCCACACUCACGUUUGUACAAUUACUUUCCGAUGGAUUUAACAAUGAAAUGCACUGUAAUUUAAAAGUAUGAGAUAAAAAAACCCUCCCAUGUUAUGAAUAUGAAAAUGGCUCUCUUUAUACACAUAACGAUAACGAUAUAUUUUAUGUUGACUGUAUAUUGCGACCAUCAUUGGAUGUAGAAAGAUUUAACGAGCAGAUAAUCGCGCGAAUACAAUACACACACACAAUUAGUCGCGACGAAAUAUCAUCGCAUGAGCAAAAACAACACAAUACGUGUGCAAAAACCGCAACCAACCAACCAACCAACCAACCAACAACUAUCAUCGUCAACCGUGACCUACGCUAUAAGGAUGCCAAAAUGAAAAUUUUAAACGAUGAACGUGUCAACCGCAAGACAAUGGACAAGACUAACCAAUUAUUUGUCACAUGAGCAUCCAGUCAAUAAAAUCAUGUUUCAUUCUAUUUGA